AUCACACGGUGCUCGGAGGAGAUGUCUUCGGAUGACAGGGCUUAAAGAAGAAAUGUAGCUUCCUCCCUGCUGGGAACUCCACGUUUCUGGCAUCUCCACACUGAAGAAAUACUGUGAAGGCGUGAUCCAUCCCACCUGCAUAUACAAAUAUGAAGUUCUUCUGGAUAAUCCCAUUUUUCCUGCUGCAAGCUGAGGCAGAGCACAAGUACCUCCCAACCACCCUGGCCAGCACACACGUGGACGAGUUACACACAGCAGGCAACAUUACCCUUCCACUGGGCUUGGAACUGGAACAGCUGGAGGAGCUGCUCUGGUUCUUCCGCAGAGAAGACCCCUCAACAUGGAAUUAUUCCGUUCUUGCGCUUUCCCUCGCGACCAUGAUUUUGGGUCUUGUUCUUCUGACCAUUAACAUUGUGCGAAACAGGAAAAGGAAGAUCCUUGUGAAUGGAGAAGCAGCACAAACCACACAGGAGGCUGACCUCGAUGCCAAGCAAGCCCUGAUGCCUGUGCAGGAAUACAGCCCGGCUGAGCCACUAAAGCAGCAGCCAGGGCCCCAGGACCAGAGACCAGGGGAUGUGAUGGUCCAGUGGAAGGACGGGACUGUCACGUCCCUGUACAAAGAGAUGUCUGAGGAGGCCAUAUAGUGGCAGCUGGAAUCAGCCCAUUUAGGCCUUAAGGAGGUUAUCAGAAUGUCUCAAUUCACAAGGGUGCAAGUUUACAAAUGCAGUUUAGCCUGGAGAAAGAUAAGGGUGAAACAAGAAAACAGCAGAGUUGCACCUGCAGGAGGGGCUGUGGGCUCAGCUCCUGCCUGGCUGGUGUUCCCCCACUGCUCUGGCUGUUUCCAGCCUUCCCUCCAGUGCCAGCUUCAUCUCCUCCCUCAGGGGCUGAAGGGUAAAGCAGGUUAAAGGACCUGAGCCAGGGAAGUAAGUGGGAAGCUUGGCCUGCAGUCAGCCAGGGAAAGCACCCUCACAUCCCAUCAGGAAAACAGCAACACUGAAGCUGAGACAUUUUUAUUCUUUUCAGUAUCCUCUUUAUUAAAAUACUUUCCAAAGUA